UAUUUUUGUACUUGUUUUUCAAUCGGUUGAUCUUUGUUGUUGAUUGUUGUUGAUUAUAAUCACUGUACGUUCACCGUUUUUUCCGUUUCUGAUCUCUUAUUAUAUUCGAAAUGGUUCCUUAAACAAUUCAUUUCUUGACUGGAAAAAAUCCCCAAGUGCCCUUGAUCUUUCAUUAUUAUAAGAAUAUUCAAUCAUCCACCAAAACGUCCGAACAAACAAUGGUAGGAAGAGCUGAUCUUCAAGAAUUUGAAGAUCAUCUUCCUGACAAAGACGUAGCUCGCGGAUUCUAUGCUAAAUAUGAACCAAAAGAAGUUCUUGGAAGAGGUGUAUCAAGCGUAGUUAGAUUGUGUGUUGAAAAAGAAACCGGACGAGAAUAUGCUGCCAAAAUCAUUGAUAUUAGUGAUGAUGAAAGUGGGGGUGGUCAUCAGAAUAGUUUUACAUUAUAUCAAGCAUCACAACGUGAAAUUGACAUACUUCGAUUGGUCGAUGGACAUCAUUAUAUCAUUAAACUUUAUGAUGUAUUCGAAUCGUCCACUUAUAUAUUUCUAGUAUUUGAGCUUUGUAAAAAUGGCGAAUUAUUCGACUAUUUAACAAAUGUUGUAACCUUAUCGGAAAAACGAACAAAAGUUAUAAUGAAGCAGCUUUUCGAAGCUGUCGAUUAUCUUCACCAGAAAAGAGUCGUACAUCGAGAUUUGAAGCCAGAAAAUAUACUAUUGGAUGACAAUUACAAUAUUAAAGUAACAGAUUUUGGAUUCGCCAGAAUGAUUGCUCCAUAUGAAAGAUUAUUCGAUCUAUGCGGAACUCCCGGUUAUUUAGCGCCUGAACUUCUUCGUGCAUCAAUGUAUGAGAAUGCUCCAGGCUACGGACAAGAAGUUGAUUUAUGGGCUUGUGGUGUCAUCAUGUAUACUCUAUUAGUCGGGUUUCCUCCAUUCUGGCAUCGUAAACAGAUGAUAAUGUUGAGAAAUAUUAUGGAAGGUAAAUAUGAAUUCUGUAGUCCUGAAUGGGAUGAUGUAACCGAAGAGGCCAAAGAUCUGAUCCGUAAACUUUUAGUGAUAAAUCCUAUGGAAAGGUUGAACGCAAAUCAAGCAUUAAAACAUCCGUUUUUCCUUUCAAUCAAAACUCAAGCUGCAAAAUUUAAUGCUCGAAAAACAUUUAAAUUGGCUAUUGUCUGUGUACGAGUUUUGAUCAGAAUAAAACGUUAUAAAUAUACAACUGAAUUGAUUUCAUUGGAAACUAUACGUACCGCUCCAUACAAGAUAAAAAUCUUGCGAAAGAUGGUCGAUGGAUGUGCAUUUCGUAUCUAUCAUCAUUGGGUUAAACAUGGUGAUGUUCAAAAUCGAGCAGCAUUGUUCGAGAAUCGGCCUAAAAUGGAUUUACUUCGAAACUCCAGUCAAGAUGAAAAAUUAUUGCAUAAUCUUCAAUGUUAUUGAUUUUUUACGAAUUUAAUUCGUUCAAUUCGAUAAUUGUUUACUAAAUUUUUUUUUUUUUUUUUUUGUUUAUUUGAUUGUUGAAUAGGACAUUUAAUUGUUUUGAAAUAAUCUGCACUCUACCUUGUUCUUUAAUUUUAUUGCUUAUAUUGCCUUAUUUUGUAAAUAAAUAUAAAAUUUGAAAAUUCUUAUAAAGA